AUUAAUGCACUGUUGGAGGACCUCGGACUUGGACAAGUUAAACACACUCGUGUCCAUGAUCUCACAGAAUCUGAGAAAAGACGAUUAAACGUAGCUUGUCGACUUAUGUUAGACACCGAUAUAGUGUUGUUGGACCAACCUACGAAAGGAAUGGACAUUUUUGACUCUUUCUUCUUAGUGGAAUAUCUUCGUCAGUGGGCCAGUAGAGGGCGCAUUGUCAUCCUUACCAUCCAUCCCCCAACUUAUGAGAUAUUUACUAUGAUUUCAAGGGUUGCUCUAGUUUCAACGGGAAGGAUGCUGUAUCAUGGCAAGAGAAGAGACAUGCUUCCCUAUUUUGCUUACAUAGACCUUCCCUGCCCGGCUUACAAGAACCCGUCUGAUUAUUACUUGGACUUAGUGACAUUGGACAAUUUGUCGCCGGAAGCCAUGUUGGAAUCGAGCCAACGUAUUGAAAAUCUUAUGGAGAUAUUUCGUCGCCGCCAGGAGGCGCUUUCAGAUCCUGGUCCGCCAGCUAUGCCACCACCUACCGUUAAGCGAGCCAACUUUUUCACGCAGGUUUUAGCUCUGUGGAUACGUGUAUUAAUUUAUAUGUUUCCAUACAACAUCCUCCAUUUUGUUUCGGACGUUUUCCUCUCCUCCUUGAUGUCAGUCCUAGUUGGAGUGAUUUAUUGGAAAGUUAGAGGUGGACUCGAACAAGAGUUCGUGCUGGACAGGAUCGGUGUAUAUUACGUCAUAAUGGGCGUAGCUUUGCUGCCAAUGAUGUUGAACUACGUUACGGAUGUGUGGAGAGAUAAAGCCUCAGUGUCACGUGACUUUCGAGAUGGGCUGUAUUCCCGCUUAGCCUAUAUUAUGUCAAAGGUAACUUAUAGUUUGCCCCCAGCAGCAGCAGUGUGUCUUUCUUACAUCGUUCCUGUUUACUCUAUAGCUGGACUGGACACGGACGCAAGAGUGAACUCCUUUGGUGUAUAUAUUGCGUAUAAUUUGCUUUAUUUACUGACCAUACGCAUGCUCUUUAUGGCUCUGGGAUGGAUGUUCUCGUCGCGCCAUCUAGCGGCGGGCCUGGCUGGCAUUAUCCUAACUUUGUGCGCAACUACUGCCGGAUACACGGUGCAUUUUACCGACUUAUCACUGGUGCUGUCCUGGUUCCAGUGGGUAUCGCCCAUGCGCUGGAUGAUGGAACAGAUCGUCAGAUGGGAGUUCACUGGAAAGAAUAAUGAGAUAGGAAACAUUACGAAAUACUACUGCACUCGUAAUCCUGUUAUCCAACAGGAAAACGGCAUUUUGGUGAAAGCAGACUGUGGGAUACUGAGUGACGCUCACGCACUGCGCUUACACCAAUAUCGCACAACAUGGCCGCUUUACCAGCCAAUCAUCGUAACUCUAGCCUUUCAUCUAGCCUGGUUUCUGAUUGGAUUGUUUGCAUUUUUUGUCUUUAACCAACAGCCAAAACAACCCCGCAAGCGAACGGCCAACUAACGUCAACCAAACCAUGUUUAACUUAAUUUUAGGUGUCAAUGUUCUUGUUGGAUGUAACGAGGUGCUGUCUCUUAGUCGUACCUUCCACUGUUUUGUGUUAAAAGAUUUUACUGUCAAAAUUAAGUCAUAAUCUUGUAGUGUUCUUAUAAAAUAUAACAGGAAUACUUAUGGAAGAGCAAAAAAAACACUAUCACCUUUAGACACAAAGAAUCAACGACAAGCAGAAACCAGGACACUAUUAACGGUGUUUAUCAGAUAUCAAGAUGACACCUAUUCUAGUGUUAAAAUAUAAUAUUUACAACGUAUUCAGUGGAAUGUUGUUUUAAAUUAAAGACAACCUAAAAGGUAAUUAUGACUUAAUCGGUAACUUUAGUGUCUUUUAUCGGUAUGUUUGACGUAAUUGACAGUUAUUGGUAUUGGUGUACUGGGACUUAAUGCGUAACCGAAGUGUCUAGAAGUGGUACGUUUGAUCUAAUUGACAGUUAUUGGUAUUGGUGUACCGGGACUUAAUGGGUAACUGAAGUGUCUAGUAGUGGUAUGUUUGAUCUAACGGACAGUUAAUGGUAUUAGUGUACUGUGAUUUAAUGGGUAACUGAAGUGUCUAGUAGUGGUAUGUUUGAUCUAAUAGACAGUUAAUGGCAUUAGUGUGCUGUGAUUUAAUGGGUAACUGAAGUGUCUAGUAGUGGUAUGUUUGAUCUAAUGGACAGUUAAUGGUAUUAGUGUACUGUGAUUUAAUGGGUAACUGAAGUGUCUAGUAGUGGUAUGUUUGAUCUAAUGGACAGUUAAUAGUAUUAGUGUACUGUGAUUUAAUGGGUAACUGAAGUGUCUAGUAGUGGUAUGUUUGAUCUCAUGGACAGUUAUUGGUAUUAGUGUACUGUGAUUUAAUGGGUAACUGAAGUGUCUAGUAGUGGUGUGU